AUGGCAUUGUCGAUGUCGGUUUUUAGUGUUUCAUAUUCUACCUACCCUUUCGCAAAACCACGUGUAGCGUCAACGUCAUUUGCAAAGAUAGAGCUCUAUACUAGAGUAAUUCAAAUCAUGGCAGUCGACACAAUGACAGUAAGAAAUGCUUGCCCAUUUCCAGUUGUAUUUUAUGCAAUUGCAGGACCAAAGUUUGUAUUGAAACCUUUAGAAACUCAAAGUGCUAAAGCUUGUGCUAUCUGGUUUUCAACAAGAGUACUGUCUCAAUUCUCUGAGAUGAAUGAAAACAAAUUCAAGGAUAUGAAAGAUGACUACACCACUGAUCUCAAGAAUGGAGGAUACAAACCAGAUGACUGGGAAGGUGGAGGUUCUGGUGCAACUGCUGGUUCACUCCUUGGAGUUUUGGUUGGAGAUUUAACAGAGGUUUUCCAAGUUACAAACACGAUUGAUACAUCAAACAACACUUGCUACUAUGGUGCAAAGAGAGAGGGUGUUUAUGGACAUUGUAAUCUUGUUAUUACUGCUACCCCAGAUCCAGCUCAUCCAGCAUGGUGGAGACUCAAGAUUGAAAAGGAACAAGGACAAACAGUACCAGAUUUUAAAGACUUUUUAGAUAACAAUUUACCUCCAGCCUAUGUCUAUUCGGUUCCCAAUCUCGACGCUUACAAAUCCACCUAUUUUGUUAGAAUGAGAAACAAAUCUUCUGGAUUCUAUUUGUCAGCCCCCAAUGAUGUAACCGACAUGGGAGCACCUCACAUGAUCGGUCCAGGUUCUCCAUACAGCCCUUUGGAGGUUCGUCAAUAUUUUACUGCCAGACCACUCGGCACCUCUGGCGGAUACGACAUCAACUUGUUAAACAUUGCCAAAAACUCUGAUGGCUCUGUAACCAACCGAGUUCUUUACAGUAGAAACGAAGACAAUGGUUUAGGCUUUGCUUCCGAUGUUGAUGACCAAUCAAGUGCCAGAGUUUGGACCAUCAAGCAAAUUCAACAAAACCCGACUGUUAUCAAUCUGUUACGUGGCGUUAACUAUAAAGCAUUGUCUCUUGUUCCUGGGGGAGUUGGUGUUAAUCUUGUAGAUGGUCAAGAUGAUCAAAAUUGGGAAGUUGAGACCUUUACAUGUGAUAUUCAAAACUAUCCAUCUGACAAGGGCUUCAAUUUGGUAUUUUGCCAGAGUGGAUAUCCAUUGGGCACAAACAUGUACUCUCAACCGAUAAUCAUACAAAGACAUGAUGACAUUCAAAAUUGGUACUUGGAACCUGUUGAUGAUGCUCGUACCCAAUUCCGUAUCAAGAAUGCCCAAAAUUUCUAUCUUACCUAUGUUGAAGAUAACAAUACUCUCACCGUUUCCACUGCAAAGGAUGGUGUCCAUGAAGUCUUUAGCUUCAAAACCAUUGACCAUUAUGCUGGAUUCAUCAUCACCAAUACCAGAGCCAGCCAGAAUCAUGGAUGGGACAACGGAUCAUUCCGCCAAGUCAGACUUUGCUAUUCCGGUGGUUCCUUUGGUUUCCACAACGACAUUUCUCAACCAGAUUCAAAUGCUUUAUGGAUUUCCUAUUUCUAA